ACCAAACACUAAACACGUGUGGAGUGAAUAUUUACAUUUAAUUUAUUUAUAAAGCAUAGUAAUGGUAAUAGCUGAAAACAUGAAACCGACUCUGAAAGUUUCCAUGUCAGACUCGGAGUCUUCUAGCACAGAGGACUCUGAAGUCUCAGAAGACGAAGUGGAAGUAAACGAACAAGUGGCGGAUGACGGUGAAGCCGACAUUGAAAGCGCAUCUUCAGAUCACGACAGUGAUGAAAAUGAUGGUAGCGCAUUGAUGACCAAUGAGGGCUGGGCAGACGCAGUAGCCAAAGUCUUAGGGUCUACUAAACCGAAGAAUAAGAAGACGCUAGUGUUGUCGAGAGCUAAGAAGUAUACAGAGGUAGUAAAAAAGGAAACUGAAGAGAAGCCACAAUUUGAGGUUAUUGGGGAAGGCAAAGAGGAAAAACCGGAUGUUAAAAAGGAAGAGCCAGCAUCAGACGAACCAGUUGUUAAGAAAAAAAAACUAGAUAGACCCUCAAUACGCCUCAAACCAAAUAUAUUAGAAAAGGACAGAGAGAGGUUACUAAAUAAAAUAGCUACCAAAGGUGUGGUGCAACUGUUCAAUGCGGUCCGAAAUCAACAGAAGACUUUAGACAAACAAUUAGACAGUGAAAAUCUAACGGAGACCAAGAAAGAGAAAAUUCUCAAGAAAUUUGACAAGCGAACAUUUUUGGACUCUCUCAUGGGUAACACAAAGUCUGUGAUCGUCGAUGAAGCAAAGACGGUAAAAAAUGAACUUAAAAAAGAGGAAGAUAAACCUAAAUGGAGUGCACUCAGGGAUGAUUUUAUGACAGGAGCGAAAAUGAAAGAUUGGGACAAAGAAUCAGUGGAAGAAUAAAAGCAAUAACUUUGUUAAGUACAAUUUUAAUAAAUAAGUGUAAAUAUCUCAGUUA